GGGAACAUACAUACUCAUGAAGAGGCUAGAUUAUGCACAAUGGACUGUAGUAGAUCCCCUACCUUCCUAUGGUCAAGGAAUUGACGUUCCAGGAAGGAGAUAUUGCAGCUUAAUUUAUGGACAGAACUUAAGUGAUGUGGUGAUUACAGGUGAUAAUGGAAUUAUUGAUGGCCAGGGUACUGUUUGGUGGGACCUGAUCAAUACUCAUUCCUUAAAUUACAGCAGGCCACAUAUAAUAGAACUUAUUAGUUCUGAUAAUAUCAUCAUCUCAAAUUUGACGUUUUUAAACUCUCCUGCUUGGGGCAUCCAUCCUGUAUAUUGCAGCAAAGUUCAUAUUCAAAACAUAACAGUUCAUGCACCAGCUGAAUCCCCCUACACAAGCGGUGUAGUUCCAGAUUCUUCUGAGUAUGUUUGCAUUGAGAACAGCAAUAUUAGCUCUGGUCACGAUGCAAUUGUGCUGAAGAGUGGUUGGGAUCAGUAUGGAGUUUCCUUUGGCAAACCAACCUCAACUGUCCACAUCAGGGGCGUUCAACUACAAUCAUCAUCGGGCGCUGGCCUAGCAUUUGGAAGUGAGAUGUCUGGAGGAAUAUCUGAUAUAAUUGCAGAGAAGCUACAUAUUAUCAACUCAACCAUUGGAAUUCAGCUAAAGACGACUAAGGGUAGAGGUGGCUAUAUGAAAGGCAUUGUCAUUUCUGACGCAAAACUGGAAAAUACUUUCUUGGGUAUUAGCAUGACGGGAUACUAUGGUUCUCAUCCAGAUGAUCAGUAUGAUCCUAGUGCAGUUCCGGCUGUUGGAAAUAUUACUUUUCAGAAUGUGAUUGGUGCAAAUAUUACUAUUGCUGGGAAUUUUUCAGGAAUAGUUGAUUCGCCAUUUACUCCUAUCUGUCUUUCGAAUGUGACUUUUUCUGCCAGUUCUGAGUCAUCUCCCUCAUGGUUUUGUUCUAAUGUAAUGGGAAUCUCGGAGGAGGUGUUUCCUGAGCCAUGUCCUGAUCUGCAGAACAUAUACUCAAACUUUUCCUCUUGCUUUUCUUUCCCACAUCCAUCAUCUAGUUAUGUCUCAAGCGCAUGAGAUCAUCAUCUCUAAGAAUCUAGUCAUUCCUUUGAUUCAACCUGUACAUGAGACACAAUUCAUAUUCCAUCAAGAACUUCAUUCCAAUUUUCCAAUAAAAAGGAAAUUCCUGAUGUAAAGAUGUUCUUUCUCUUCAACAUUUCAAUGAACCUUCCUUUGUCUGUGCAUGAGAAGUCUGUCUAGAGUGGUUGUCAAUUCCAAAUAGUUUGUUUAUGUACAGCCUCAAUUUCUUCAUUCAUGUACAAGAAUUUUUUUGAUGUUGGUGUACAGCCUAAGACACUAUUUGCUUUCUACUUUCCAUGUAUAAUAUUGAGUGCCACAUUUAUUUGUUGUACAUGGCAGAGCAUUGUGAGGGGAUGUGGUGUACUAGUUUUGACAAAGCUACAAUUUUCUUUAUUUCUUGUUAUGUCAGAUCACUGGAUUAAUCUUGAGUAUCUUGGUUCAUUGUUUCUUGAUAUUGCAGA